CUACUUCGGAAGAUCGUGAGGUGCAAUCUCAAGUGAAGGACAUCGGAGAUAGCAUGGCGACAUUGUGCGAAUACAUUAAAGCAGAAUGCGCAAAGAAAGAGGCAAAGGCACGUAAAAAAGCCGAAAGAAAGGAAGCGGAGCGCCGUGCCAUGGAAGAAAAGGAAGCGAGGGAGCGGAAAGCGAAGAAGAAGGCUGAGAAAGCACGGGAGGAGGAAGAGAGAGUCGCGGCUAUCCGUAAGGAUAUAGAUUUACAUGUCAAACUUACUGUGAAGGAAGCACUCAGCGGAGCCUGCGCUAAGUUCCGGGAGGCGAUCGUCGCCGCGAAGCUCCAUGAGAAGAUGAAGGGGAAGAAAAAACUGAACUACGUACCUGAGGAGGAGUUCUCCGAGUACGAAUUUGUAGGUAGUGAUACGGAGGAGAUUUAUGAACGGCCGCAGGGUCUAAGUAUUAAUGAAAAGCGGAAGAGAGGGCCAGAACUUGUUUUCGAGGAUAGCCCGCCCAUGGAGUUGCCGGCGAAAAGGACACCGAAGCGUACACCGUGGAGAGGGAUCCUUAAACUGGAGGUGAAGGCAGUGCAGCAGGAGUUUGAGGACUGCUAUCCGAAUAAUAUGUGUCUGAAGCGAACUGAUGAUGGCUCUGGAAGUUUUGAUUUCCUGGGAUGCAGAGUACACGUAGGCAGUACCUAUCCGUAUGCCGGAUGCGUGCAGAUGUCGAAAAACGAGGUCGAACGUAUCUCGCGGAACGCCAGCAUUCGGAUGUUGGCGCUACGUGAGAACGGGAGUGGGUAUGGGGAAGGAUGGAUUUGUAAGGUGAAAAAGGUCGGAGGGAACGCCCUGAAGAGACACCGUGGCUGGUGUCGAAACGCGGCGUCGGGGACGCCAUACCUGUAUUGUGCUACUCUGUAAUAUUCGACGUUUUUUGUCUCACGUUCGAUGUUGCGUGAGUGAUGUUGUGCAUGAAAACGCUUUGCUUUCAUACUCUAUGAAUCUUCACCCCCGCAGUUGACCUCACACUACUUUCAUCGAUAGGAUGAGCAAAAAUCAAAUGAACCCCACGAC